AUGGCGACUCCCUGCGUUCCUGGAAGCUUCGGCAACACACGUGUACGUUCCUCUCCCCGAAGGACGGAAGCGUUCGCUUACGAGCAGGCUCCGGGGAGCGCGCAGACCACGGAGAAGGAGUUCCUGCCCCGCGCAACAGAAGCAGGUAACGUGCACGUGUCUUUUGUUGAUAGUAGAUACGGGUUUCUUGAGAGGUUCAGCCCUUGGGGAGGAUAAAAAAAAAGCGAGAUUGUUGGGUCUGGCGGGAAGGGGAAAUCGCCGUGAGAUGGUUGCGUUUGAUUUCCUCGUCGCGUGGUAUUUUUCUUUCCUAGAGAUUGUUGUAAUAUCGUUCAGAGGUUGGUGGAGCUCUCUGCUUCUGCCUGCGACUGUAGCCCUAAGAAUGCUAGUAUAAAAAACUUCAAGAUGCAAAGGGGGCUUUAGACUAAUCGGGUCUACUCGAGUGAAGCUAGGAUACCCUCCUGCUCCUUAGGCGAUCUCUGAACCUGGUCCUAAUUCAACAAGGUGCAUCCCAUUCCCCAAGUAAAUAAUAUUGUGCGAUCUUUCCUCACUCAUCGCCUUUCUUACCUCUCUCAGCUUCAACAAAGUUUCACGGUGUAGGGGGAGAGAUUAAACUGUUACUUUAUUAUUAUUAUUAUUAUUAUUAGCUGUUAUCUGUUCACUCUGACAUGCAAACGCCAUAUGUGUGUUCGGAUUAUUAUUUUUUAUAAAAAACGUAUUAUGCAACAAAUUCAAAGUGCCUAAAAACACUAAGCACCAGAUACAAAAAAAGAAGUCCCUGCAUUAAAACUCGGAGGGAGGGAGGUCUUAUAAGGUGAAAUAGACUGAUCUGAAGGCUUGCCUCUUGCAAAGCUUACCUUACUGGCCAUUAACUCCAUUUAAGAAACCUUAAUGGUGAUAUAAAACAGUCGGUAGCUCCUGUAGUGAAACUGACUGACUGGGAAGCCAAUUAUCUUGAGUCUAUUAAGAUUUACAAACAUAAGGAAGGUUGGUCAGUUGUAAUGGAGUGGCAGUCUCUCUGCCACUCAAAAUUGUUACAAUGGAAACUGAAGCCACUCUGCUCAACUCAGACACAAAUUGGCAUUGAGAAAAUAUUUAUUACAUUUAUUAUUAUAUCCCACCACAUGGGAAGCACAGAGUGACAAAGCUAAAACCCUGGAGCAGUCUCUCAAGCAGUCCUUUAAAAAAAUGCCAUUUUCUAUCUUAAACCCAUUGUGUUUGCUCUUCCUUCCUUCCUUCCUAUCUUCCUCCCUCACAACUCUCUUCAACUGUCACUUCUAUUGAAUUCUAAAAGGGGUUUCCAGAGGAUUUGUGCAAGAAGGAUCAGAAUUUGAAAAAGCAAUUUUGGGGCCUAAUAAAGAACUAAUCUCUAAAAUAUAUAAAGUAUUGUUAGGGUGGGAGACUAAAGAUGAACUUUUUAAGGAGGCAGGGAUAAAAUGGGCUAUUGAUAUUGUGUGUAAUAUUGAAAUUGUUGCGUGAAAAAAUUAUGGAAUUCAACAAUGCAACUUUUCAGCAUGUUACCAAAUAUGAGAAAAUACGUACAAAAUGCAGUAUAGAUGGUAUUUGACACUGGUCAAACUGGUUAAAAUGUACCAAAAAAUAAAAUAAAAAAGUGCUGGAAAUGUCUGGAGGUAAUGUAAACGGGCAAGAAAAUUUUGGGAGAUAGUGUACAAUGAGUUAAAGAAAAUAUUUAUAUUUACCUUUCCCAAGAAACCAGAAGCAUUUCUUCUAGGUGUAAUUACCAAAGAAAACCCAUAACUUAUUUUUAUACGCAACAACAGCAGCAAGGACAGUAUAUGCAAGAGACUGAAAACAAAGAGAGAUCCCAGGGAAAGAACAGUGGAUAUACAAAUUAGUUGAAUAUGCAGAGUUUGCCACUAUGACAUCUAAAAUAAGAAAUCAAGAUGACACAUUGAUGAGGAGUGAGUGGGAGUACCCAGGGGAAUAUUUACAAAAAUUGGACCUUAAAUAUAAAUUCCAGGUAGGAGGCACUUUGUGACCAACAGUUGAUAAUAUGAAAGAUAAGAGAGUGUGGAGAAUUGGGUGAAGGAAUUAAUAUAUAUGCAGUCAAACAAGAAGUAAAAAGAGCUGUCAUGAAAUGCUGGGUAGGAAGUAAAAAAAAUUAUGGUAUAUAUUAUGGAAAAAAGCUGUAAUUGUAAAACUGAAAAAACUCAAAAAUAAAAAUCUAAAAGGGAUUUCCACAACCAAGUGCAGAGCUAUUUCUUUUGCCAGUUGAGUGCAAAAUACUAAGGUAUUUCCCAACCAAUACUAUACCAGUUUAAUGUCUUAGGCAAUGAAAUAGCCACACACAACUAAGCAAUACACUUUUAAAAUAGUUCAUUUUAAAACUUGAGGUGCACGAUUUUAGAAAAUGCAUGAUAGAUUGUUAUGACGAGGCCUGGAUACAGUAGGCCCUUACUCAGUAGAUGAAUUAAUUAAUCCAGCAUUUUACAAACUGUUCCAUGGAACCUUGGAGUUCUGUGACGUUGUAAUGUUGUAAUGGUGAGUAAGCAUGCACAAUGUGUGAUUUCCACUGAGCUUAGGAUCUCAAAAAUGUAUAUAUUGUGCGUUACAUGCUCAUUUAAAUUUAAUUAGUUGAUUUUGUUAAAAGGCUGUUCAAGCAACUCCAAGUUACUUAACUGGCUGUAAGCCCUCAUUAUAACUUAAAAUAUUAAUAUUUUUUCCUUUACUGUUUGGUAUUAUUCAUUCAUUCAUUCAUUCAUUCAUUCAUUCAGUGCCAUCCAUGGAAUGUGGCAUCUUACAAUGAAUGAGAGGAUACAUCCCUAUGCUGAAGUGCUAAUUGUCUAUAAAAUGGACACAAGGGAGACAACAGAGAAAGGAGAAGGACACGGAGUGAGGGGAAAUUGGAUGGAGAAUGCACAGUUGCUGCAUUUUGCAUACAUAGAUUUAGUUACCGUAGGGCAAAGGAGCCAGGAGAUUGUGCCAAAGUAGAGUAUUGAGGAGGGAUUUGGAGGAAUAGAAAUGGUGUCAUUAAGGGGUUAGACAUCUGAUGAAGAGCAGGAAGUUGAAGCUGGGUUUAUUUCCCUAAAAUGGAUGUUCUCCUGGGAAAGGACCAUGUUGGGUCGAGACUGUGUUGGUUAUAUCACUAUAAGCCUCCUUACCUAGUAAGCUCUAAACAGCUAGUUUGUCAGAUCUUGAACAUCUCAGUUGCAUGUUUGAUUGAAUUAAAAGUAAUAUAUGACACAAUCCCACGGAUGUUUACGCAGAAGCAUAUUCUGCUGAGCUCUGUGAGACAUACUCCCAGGUAAGUAGGUAUAAGAUUGGAGACAUAAUGGUCCCCUCUCCCAGAAGCCUGUCUAGGACUUCAUAUAUUUUCCAUAAUAUUUUGUUUGUAGGUUACAAGGCAACUCUAAAUAAUGCCAUUUCUUCUGUAGGUGAAGAUGUAUGGGGAAUGAAAGAUGCCAAGACAAACAACCGUUGCUGUUACUGUCGCCUCUCUGCUGGGCAUUGCAGCAGGAGGCCUGAUUUUCUGGAAACUCAUCCGCCGUCAGAAACACAAAUCUUGUGUUGCACUUAACCUAGGAAGGGCAGUCCAAGAAAGAGAAAAGGAAGACACCUCAGAAGAGAAUUUUCUCUCACUCCAUUCUUCUUCCACAAUCCCCUGGGUGGAGAAGAUUAUUGGGGCAGACGUAGUGGUAAUUUCUGAGGCAGAGCAGUGGAAUGAAGUGGAACCCUUUAUUCAGAAAGUGUUGGUGCGUUGUCCAGUCCUUGGAAUUGACUGUGAGUGGGUAAGUCAUAAACGAUGGGAAGGUCUGUUCCUUUAACAUCUUAGGGCAGAAACAGAUGAUUGACAACCACAUUACAAUAGUCCAGUCGAGGUUACCAAUGCAAUUGCAUUGUUAUUACUGAUGUUAAAAAGGAUGCAAUUGUCUAGGUUCCUUUGGUGUGUGUUUUUCUAAAAAAUACGUCACAACACAUGUUUUAUGGCAGACUAUUAAAAUAUAACUAAUCUAUAAAGACAGAAGGGACGUGGGUGGCGCUGUGGGUAAAAGCCUCAGCGCCUAGGGCUUGCCGAUCGAAAGGUCGGUGGUUCAAAUCCCCGCGGCGGGGUGCGCUCCCGUUGCUUGGUCCCAGUGCCUGCCAACCUAGCAGUUCGAAAGCACCCCCGGGUGCAAGUAGAUAAAUAGGGACCGCUUACUGGCGGGAAGGUAAACGGCGUUUCCGUGUGCUGCGCUGGCUCGCCAGCCACAUGUCACGCUGGCCACAUGACCCGGAAGUGUCUCCGGACAGCGCUGGCUCCCGGCCUCUUGAGUGAGAUGGGCGCACAACCCUAGUGUCUGUCAUGACUGGCCCGGACGGGCAGGGGUACCUUUACCUUUAUAAAGACAGAAAGUAGAACAGGUUUAUGGCACUAGAUUAGUGGCCCACCAGAAUAAAAGAACUACUAGCUGCUGGCUAGGAUUUUAGCCUAAGGGUUCUGAAACACAAUACAGUCGUACCUUGGCUCCCAAACGCCUUGGGAGUCGAACGUUCCGGCUCCCAAACGAUCGAAAACCGGAAGCGAGUAUUCUGGUUUUCAAAUUUUUUGGGGACACUGAACGUCCAGCACAGCUUCUGCUAUUGUUUCUGGCACGCCUGCACAAUUGGAAACAAAUCGGAAGCCGCGCCUUGGUUUCUGAACAUUUCGGAAGUAGAACGGACUUCCAGAAUGGAUUCCAUUCCACUUCCGAAGUACGACUGUAAUAAUGGCUAAUGCAUGAUGUUACUGUCUGAAUAUGGGAGUGCUUCUGAGCUUGUUCACCACCAGCCCCAUACAUUAUGCAAGUAGGAGAAAGCUGUGUGCUUCACAAGGUGUAGUGUUUAGCAGUCUUAGAGCCCAGAGUCAGUUUGCAAAUUUUACGACUGGUGAUGCAACCUGUAUCAAUUUACAUUAGGAUAGGCAAGAAAUAUUGACUGAAAAUGCAUAAUGUUCCCAGUAGGCUUGCUCUAGAUAGCCGAAAAGGUUGUUAAAAUUAACUCUGUACUUCCGUUCUGUUAUGGCAUAUAUAUAUAAUCCAGAAAUUAUCUUUUUAUUUUUUCAAGGUCUCAGUCAAAGGGAAGAAGGAUCCGCCUGUGUCUAUCUUGCAACUGGCUGUUUACAGUGGUUUUUGCACUAUUCUUCGCUUGCCCCAGCUGACCAGAGGUGGACAGGUUCUUCCAAAGACUUUGCUGGACAUUCUGGCAGAUGGUGGCAUCCUGAAAGUUGGAGUAGGGUGUUGGGAAGAUGCUUGCAAGUUACUUCAUGGCUACGGUGUAACAGUGAAAGGGAGCGUGGACCUUCGGUAUCUAGCUAUAAGACAGAAGUAUGUAUCCUUGCAAGAAAGUUUUUGUGUGUGUGUGUGUGUGUGUGUGUGUGUGCGCGCGCGCACACACACAUGCACUGGUGGUAAGAUAGAAUUGUGUUUUCACAUUUUUAAUUUUAUUUUUAAUGAUGAUUACCAGAGACGGAUGCUAGCAUGGUUUUUCCCUAGAGUGUUAUUCAUUGCAAUUGGUACAGAAUAGUGUUGGUCUUUCCUUUUUUUUUUUGUUUGUAAAUAAUUUUUAUUUAAGUUUUAAACAACAAAGAAAGAAAAGAAAAACAUACACAAUACAUAUCUCAAAAAAAGAAAAAAAAAGAUAACAAGAACACACAAAAAAGAACACGAUUCAACUAUAAAAAACAAAAAACAUAACAAUUAAAAAACAAUAUCUCUUUUCCAUUUCCGUUUUUUUUAGUUUGCUUAUUUUCUGGACUUCCUCAUACCUCCCUCUUUUGUAUUCCAAUCCAAAUUGUUUGUCCAGCAAUUUCUUUUCAACUUUUUAAUCCCAAUCUUUAACUUUAAUAUAAUAUUGUAAUAUAUAUCUUCAAUUUCUUUAAACCUGAUCUUUAAUCUUAGUAUAAUAUAACAUUAAAAUUUUCCCUCUUAAUUGUCAGAUUUCCAUUUCUUUAAACAUCUUUAAUCCUAAUCUUAAUCUUAGUCUAUCAUUAACUUUAACCUGUACAGCUGGAAACCGCUUAUUUUCAGUCCAACAUCACUCUAACAUUCUUUAAUUUUACAAUGUUUCUGAAGAUAGUCUUUGAAUUUCUUCCAAUCUUCCUCCACCGACUCUUCUCCCUGGUCACGGAUUCUACCAGUCAUUUCCGCCAGUUCCAUAUAGUCCAUAAGUUUCAUCUGCCAUUCCUCCAGCGUGGGAAGUUCUUGUGUCUUCCAAUAUUUUGCGAUGAGUAUUCUUGCUGCUGUUGUUGCAUACAUAAAGAAAGUUCUAUCCUUUUUAACACCAUUUGGCCGACUAUGCCCAGGAGAAAGGCCUCUGGUUUCUUAGGGAAGGUAUACUUAAAUACCUUUUUAAUUCAUUAUAUAUCAUUUCCCAGAAAACCUUAAUCUUUGGGCACGUCCACCAAAGGUGAAAAAUGUACCUUCAGUUUCUUUACAUUUCCAACAUUUGUUAUCGGGCAAGUGAUAAAUUUUUGCAAGCUUGACUGGGGUUAUGUACCACCUGUAUAUCAUUUUCAUAAUAUUCUCUCUUAAGGCAUUACAUGCCGUAAAUUUCAUACCUGUGGUCCACAACUGUUCCCAGUCAGCAAACAUAAUGUUAUGUCCAAUGUCCUGUGCCCAUUUAAUCAUAGCCGAUUUUACCGUUUCAUCCUGAGUAUUCCAUUUCAGCAGCAAGUUAUACAUUCUUGACAAAUUCUUAGUUUUGGGUUCUAACAGUUCUGUUUCUAAUUUUGAUCUUUCCACCUGGAAGCCAAUUUUCCUGUCCAAUUUAAAUGCCUCCAUUAUCUGAUAAUAAUGAAGCCAGUCUCGCACUUUGUUUUUAGUUUUUCAAAACUCUGCAAUUUCAGUCUAUCUCCGUCUUGUUCCAAAAUUUCCCAAUAUUUCGGCCAUUUGACCUCCAUAUUGACCUUUUUCAAGGCUUUCGCUUCCAUUGGUGACAGCCACCUUGGGGUUUUGUUUUCUAGCAAAUCCUUAUAUCUUAACCAAACAUUAAAUAGCGCUUUCCUGACAAUGUGGUUUCUAAAUGCUUUAUGUGCUUUGACCUUAUCAUACCAUAAAUAUGCAUGCCAUCCAAAUACAUUGUUAAAACCUUCCAAAUCCAAAAUGUCAGUGUUUUCAAGAAGUAGCCAUUCUUUCAACCAGCAAAAAGCUGCUGAUUCAUAGUAAAGUUUGAGGUCUGGCAGGGCAAAUCCGCCUCUUUCCUUUGCAUCCGUUAAAAUUUUAAAUUUUAUUCUGGGCUUCUUGCCCUGCCAGACAAAUUUAGAAAUAUCUUUCUGCCACCUCUUGAAACAAUCCAUUUUGUCAACGAUCUGCAAAGUUUGAAACAAAAACAACAUUCUAGGCAAUACAUUCAUUUUUAUCGCAGCAAUACGGCCUAGCAGUGAAAGCUUCAAAUUUGACCAAAUUUCUAAAUCUUUUUUCACUUCAGACCAACACUUUUCAUAGUUGUCUUUAAAGAAGUUCCCAUUUCUUGCUGUCAUGUUAAUCCCCAGGUAUUUAACUUUCUUAACCACUGUUAAACCUGUCUCAUUCUGAAACCUCUCUCUUUCAAACGGUGUUAAAUUUUUCUCUAAAACCUUGGUUUUUGACUUGUUCAAUUUAAAUCCUGCCACUUGACCAAAUUCCUGAAUCAGUUCUAAAACUCUUUUAGUACUAGAUUCUGGCUCCUGUAACGUCAAUACUAAGUCAUCUGCAAACGCUCUCAAUUUGUACUGUUUAGUUCCGACCUGUAUACCUUUAACCGACUGGUCCCUUCUAAUCAUAUUCAGCAAAACCUCCAGGACCGAAAUAAAAAGAAGUGGGGAGAUAGGGCAACCUUGUCGUGUCCCUUUUUCAAUUUUUAGUUCUUCCGUCACAACAUUAUUUACAAUUAGUUUAGCUUUUUGUUCUGAAUAAAUUGCACCUAUACCAUUCUCAAAACCUUGGCCUACCCCCAUACCCUGGAGAUUCUUCUUCAUAAAAUUCCAAGAAAUAUUGUCAAAGGCUUUCUCCACAUCUACAAAUAUCAAAACUGCUUUGGUGUUUAUAUUCACUUCUAAUUUUUCCAAAAUAUCAAUUAUAUUCCUCAAAUUGUCAGACAAAUGUCUUCCUGGGAGAAAGCCCGCUUGGUCUUUAUGGAUCUCUUCCAUCAGCACUUUCUUGAAUCUCUUAGCCAAAAUAUCUGCAAAAAUUUUGUAAUCCACAUUCAAUAACGAUAUAGGGCGGUAGUUCUUAAGCUGUGUCUUUUCAGUCUCUGUCUUUGGUACAAGUGCUUCUUUCCACGACUCUGGUGCUCUUUUCCCCUCCAUUAUUUCAUUGCAGACCUCUUUCAAAGGUUGGAUUAACCAUUCUUUUAAAGAUCUGUAGUAUCUAGAGGUCAAGCCGUCUGGUCCUGGAGAUUUACCCAAUUGCAUAUUUUGAAUGGCACCUUCUAUUUCUUGUUCAGUUAUUCUAUGAUUCAAAAUUAAUUUAUUUUCUUGAGAUAUUUUUUGUAAUCCAUUUGUUUUCAAAAAUUGGUCUAAGUCUGUUUCUUUCAAUGGCCCUUGAGUGUAUAAUCGUUUAAAGUACCUCUGGAAACAACUUCUAAUCUCUGCUGGGUUCUGUAUGUUUCUUCCUUCCACCUCUAAGUUCGUAAUCGUAUUUAAUUUUUGUCUCUUUUUCAUUUGCCAUGCUAACAAUUUACCACAUUUAUUGGCCGACUCAAAAGUCUUUUGUCUCAUUUGUUUAAUUUUCCAUUCUAUUUCCUGAUUCAUCAUUUUCAUAUAUUGUACUUGGUAUAGCUUUAACUCUCGCAAAAUCUCUUGAGAUUUGGGAUUUACUCUCAAUCUUUUUUCACAUUCCUUUAUUUUGUCCAUUAUCUUAUCCUUCUUCUCAUUUUGAGUUCUUUUCUUUAUUGCAUUCUGUUGUAUUAAGAACCCUCUCAUAACUGCUUUACUAGCGUCCCAGAUUACUCUUUUCUCCACGUUGGUACUAAGGUUUAUCUCAAAGUAAUCUCUCAGAGUUUUUUGGGCCUUCUUAAGGAGUUCCUCAUCUCUAAAUAAGGUGUCAUUCAUCUUCCAUCUGAAGGAGCCAGUUGGAAGAUGAAUGACACCUUAUUUAGGUCUUUCCUUUUAGUGUUGCUAACUAUUUUUUUUUAUAUUCCCCAUAUAUAUAUAUAUAUAUAUUCAUUAAUCACAUAUUGCAUACAACAACUCCCAAUAAAAGGGGGAAAUCAAACUGUUGUAUAUCAUCUUUACAUUUAUCCCCCACAAUGCCACAUUUUGGGGCCAGUUAGUGCUGGCAGGAGCAGCAGGUAUAACAGUGACCUCUGUGACAGAUAUGGUUCUCCAACCAGCUAAGAAACCCCUCCUCUCCAUCCUAACUGCCUGCAGUCAGCAGGUCUGUUAGGAUUGCUCUGCCAAUUAUCUUCGGCAUCACAGCAACUUGCCAUAUGCUCGCACUCCAAAACAGGGUGAGCAUUACCUCUUUUCCAAUUACUUGUGAUACUUGGCUGUAGUUGGUAAGUUAACUUGGCUGUAGUUAGAUUAAUUACUAAGGAAUUCUAAAUUAGUCUCUGGCACUAAAUCCUUCAGAUAAUAUUAUAAAACUACUUCUGGGCUCAGUUUUCUUUUUUUAAAAAGUUAUAACUAUCACACUUAUACUUAUCUUAUAUAUCAGUCAUUCUCCAAAACAGAUUAAUACGUAGGCAUGCCUGGAAGAUAUGGGAAAAGUCAUUACCCAAUUUAUAAAUUUGCCACAUUUUGGGGGGCAGGGGUUAGGAUUUUCAUAACACAUAAUACAAUAUAGAAAACUAAUGCAAAUAAAAAAAGAGUAAGAAAAACAUCUAAGAAAAGUACAAGUAGAAUACAGAGUCCUCUUUUAAAGGUAGAUCUUAACCCUUCUACCCGCAGAAGGUAGUAACCCCUCCCAGCUCUUGCCUGGGAUCUUUCCUUUCUCCUCCAAGCCUCUCACAUUUGCUGAUGUAUAGAAUACUACUCUGCUGGCCAGGUGCCUUGUUUUUCUGAGGAGAGUCUUCUAGUUGAAAGGCAUCAGGACAGCAGACUGAGUGGGCCCUUAGGCCACCUGAUCACAGUCUUUCCCGCUUUGGGGGGGGGGGGGAGAGAGAGAGAGAUCAACAAAUGGAAAGUUGUGUCCUAUCUGGCUAUGUUUUUGUCUAUGCAUAAAGGGUCACCCUAUAUACCACAGAUACUGUAUUUUGAAAAUAUUUCCCUUGAAUUCUGCCAACAUAAAUUCCUCCCAAUAUAGACAUAUAUAUAUAUAUAUAUAUAUAUAUAUAUAUACACACACCGUAUUUUUCGCUCUGUAACACGCACCCGACCAUAACACGCACGUAGUUUUUAGAGGAGGAAAAUCCGUAGGCAUGCCACCCGUAGGCAUUCCCUCCAUAACACGUACAGACAUUUCCCCUUACCUUUUAGGAAGAAACGUGAGUGUUAUUGUGCAAAAAAUACGGUAUAUAAAAGGGAUGCGGGUGGCGCUGUGGGUUAAACCACAGAGCCUAGGACUUGCCGAUCAGAAGGUUGCAGUUCGAAUCCCCAUGACGGGGUGAGCUCCCGUUGCUCGGUCCCUGCUCCUGCCAACCUAGCAGUUCGAAAGCAUGUCAGAGUGCAAGUAGAUAAAUAGGUACCGCUCUGGCAGGAAGGUAAAUGGCGUUUCCGUGUGCUGCUCUGCUUCGCCAGAAGCGGCUUAGUCAUGCUGGCCACAUGACCCGGAAGCUGUACGCCGGCUCCUUUGGCCAAUAAAGCGAGAUGAGCGCCGCAACCCCAGAGUCGGUCACAACUGGACCUAAAGGUCAGGGGUCCCUUUACCUUUAAGCUUAUAAAAUAGGUUGUCCUGCAUAUUUUCCUUAUUUCUCCUUAGAGCCACAGUUCUCUUUCUGACCAAUGUAGUCACAUUUGAUACAUUUACUAUUAGCGCUUUGAGAAAUACCUCCUGUUAUUUCUAAUUCAGAAGAUGUUUUAGAUCUUAAGGCUGCAUUCCUAAACAUUUUUAUAGGGGAGUGAGGCAUGCUAAACCGAGAGGGACCUACUUACAAGUAACCAUACCUAAGAUUGCAAUGCAAAUCUCCAGGGUGUGUGCAUGUUGUUGUUUUUACUAAAGCCAUUGCCAAGCAUCCAGAUUGGAGACAGCAGCAAUUAAGAAUAUAUUUAUAAAUAAAAACAAACUGUACAAUGUUCUGCCCAUCCAUAAUAUGGGCCAUGUCAACCAGAAAUUACUCACUAAAUUUGUCAUGAAUUUGCUAUGAUUUAUCCCUGAAAUAUUAUUCGUAUCACCAUCCAGCCAUAUCCCUAAAUAUUUAACUCUAGUUUUCCAUGAUGUUAGUGCACUGGCACAAGAAAGGUGGGAUAGAAAACUCGUAUAUACAUAAGGGAAGAUCGCCUGCUUUUUCUUCUUUAAUAAUUGUAUUUGUUUUAUAUACAGUUACUCUACGUUUUUCAAGUAACUGCAGUUGUGAAACAACUUCAUGUUAAUAACACUGACAAUUUAGAUGUCAAACCCCCAGAUUAAACAGUGAGCGGUUACACUUGCCAAGACAGUUCUAGACACAGAUGGCACUUUCAUAGUGGUUGCAAAAACAUAUGCAUCAUUCUGUUCCGAAGUCAUUUCGUUUUUCUGUGUAAAAAAAUACCUCUUCUUUCUCCCAUUUACAAAACCUAAAGUAAGGUCCUUCCCCAAAAUGGACUCAGCCUCAAAGCUCUUUCUGAGAGCAUCCUCAGCUACCAACUUGACAAGUCUUUUCACCUGCGCUGCAGCAACUGGGAAGAAGAAGAACUGACUCCAGAACAGGUUUGGUUUUUCAUCACUGCACUGGUAGUAGUUAGUGGUUGGAGAGUCUUGUUGCCAAGGCAGCUCACAGUAGUUUUGCAGUCAUUCACUGUGGCAGUUGGAACGUCUCAUUUUUCCCAUGGGAAAAUGGGAGCAAGGCUUUGCAAGAAACAGAUAUGAGGAGGACUGAAGCACAUCUUAAGGAUUUAAAAAUAUAUAUACUGAUUUGAAUUAGGACUGCAUUGCUUAAGCCAGGAUGUGAAUACGUAAAAACUGAGAAAGAGUGGCUUAAGGAGCUGCCACAACAGAGGGUGUAAAUGAAGGUCGGGAGCAGUUGUGGCUUUGUUGCAAGGAAGGAUGUCAGAAAAUUGUAGUGAAAACAGAAAUGGGAGUGGAAAUUGCUGGUGUUUGCUUGUUUGUCCAGAACAGAAAUCAAUCCAGUGAAUACAAUCAAUAGUUGAUGAUGUUGCUUUCAGUCCACAGAUGAUAUGCAAUUGAUUAUGUUCCUCCUCGCCCAAUCUGAAUUGCAUUUCCUUUACAUUGAAAUGAAUGGGGUGCAAUAAUGUAGUGACAACCUAACGUGCAUAAUUUAUUACGUAAGUUUCAUAAUUUUUCAACAGCAGACAGCAAGGCAAGUAAUGUAGUUGGUGCAAGAUGAACUGCAGCAGAAUGGAAACGGUGCUUUCUUACAUUGUUGGAAGUCAGUUUUACCAUAGCUUCAUGGAGCUUUGGUGUUGACACUUUAGUGUGGGGGUUCUAAGUAGAAUAAGGGAACUUAAUUUCCUUAUCUUAUUAACCUGCAUUCAUUAUUUUCAUGUUUGGAAUUGUUCCUCUUGGGCCCUCCUGCAUACUAUAACGCGGAGUUCUUGCUUUUCCUCUUCAGGUUGCUUAUGCUGCCAGGGAUGCCCAGGUGUCAGUAGCUUUGUUCCUCCACCUGCUGAACUUGCCCUUCCUUCCAGCAGGCAGUAAAUAUGCUCUUCUUCCUGGUUGGGAAAAAGUCCUGAAGAUGUGUCAGGGUUUGGCAGAUGUACCUUUCAAAGGAAUAAACAGGAGUAGCUUUGGAGAUGACGAAAAUACAGGAGGCCCAGAGAAAAAAAGAAACUUUCCAAAGUCAGUAAAUGAUGGACACUCCCCUGUCAAUCAACAAUCAAAGGAUCCUCGGAAGCUCAAGCGAAAGCCGUUGGGCAUUGGAUAUUCUGUCAGGUAAAACUGUUUGCAGCUUUGUAUAGUUUUUCAUUAAAUAGUGAGCAAUUGGCACCAGAUAAAAAUUAAGUCCCCGCCCUGCAGGUUAACUUGUGAACAUAGGAUGCUGUCUUUUUACCCAAUCAGAAUCUGCUUGGUAUUGGCUGCACUGACUGGCAAUGGUUCUCCCGAGUUUCAGACUAAGAACAUCAUUAGCCUUACCUGCAGACGAUGGAAAUUGCACUAGGGACCUUCUGCAUGGAAAGCAGGUGGUCUAGCCCUGAGCUGCAGCCCUUCUCCAGCUUGUUAGUGGUGGCAAUGAGCAUGCCUGCCUGCUAAGGGGAAGGGCCAUCUACUUGCAGGCUGAUGUUGUGAAAGUUUACUGAAAGGUUCAGUAGGACUUACUUCAUAGUAAGUGUGCAUAAAAUUGCAGUCUUCCUUGGAAGGAAAUCUUGUUGACGUUAGGUCUUGCACCAGAGUAAAUCCAAAGAAUGAGGUGACAGUAUUAUUUACCUCUAUUACACGUGAACUUGUGUGCAGUAAGUGGAAGUAUUAAGGUACUACCACUGUAUAUUUUGGGCAAUGUAUGUUAAACUUUGUUUUUGCAGAAAAUCUCCCUUGUAUGACAAUUGCUUCUUACAUGCUCCAGACGGGCAGCCUCUAUGCACUUGUGAUCGCAAGAAGGCUCAGUGGUACCUUGACAAAGGCAUUGGAGGUUUGUGAGCCUGUUAUUUUACUAGUCAACAACACUGAGCUUUUUGGCCAAUGUUAUGGUGACUUAGAAGCUCAGCUACAUAUGGAAAACAGCCCACUAUUUAAUGUGCAUCAACAUUUGGGUCAUAUCUGUUGGACAGUCUCUUGGGAUGCAGAUGCUCUUCCCAUCCAUGCCACUUAAAAUCCAUCAAGUUGCUUAUCUGAGGCUCACCACAGUGUGCCCUCCUUCACUUCAUAACCCAUUCCUGGCCACAUGAUGCCCUUCUAUCUUCUUCUGUUCCUCUUCCUCCAAUGUGGGAUCUAGAUCCCUCAGUCUGGAUGAAGGAAGUGAGGGAUGAAAGGUAUCUGAAAGGCAACAAGAGGUUUGUGGGCUAAAGUUGGGCCACACUGAAACAGAUGCAGAGGCUGAAGAUGUUGGCUUGGAAAACAAGAUUUGCCACAUACACCACACCCUGCCACUGCUAAGCAUUCAUCUUCAGACAUUCAUUAUUAUUUUGUGCAACCCAUUAUUUAGAGAAGGCACGUAAGCAGAAAUUAAACAUUUUAACAACUUUUUUUUUGCCAUUACAGAGUUAGUAAGCAUGGACCCAUUUAUUGUGAAGCUACAGUUUGAACCUUCUGGGCGCCCUGAAUCUAAAGUGGAUUAUUACUUGACUGUCAAAGAAAACCUGUGUGUUGUGUGUGGCAAAAGAGAGUCUUAUAUUCGGUGAGUUCUCCAGUAAUCCAGGGAAGGCAUUCUAUUAUGGUAGAGCAAAAUACUAGAGGCUGAAAGGGGAUCAGGUGUUUGCUGAAACUGUUUAUGGGGGCAGGGGUGCACUCAGUGCCCUAUCCCACAAUGCCCUCAUACACCUUGCCCUGCCCACUCAGUCUCUGGCCUUCCCCAUGUUGGUCAGGAAAGGUCUGCCAAGGGCUGUCAGGCUCCUGUCCCGCAACACAACAACAGUGGCGCUUCCUUCGGGGUAAGGAAGAGAUCUUUACUCAGGCUAAUAGCAGUAUGGGCUCAGAAUCAAACAUAAGGUCCACGAGUCAAGAGUUCAGGAACAGGAACUACGAAGAUGUCUCAAUGUUUGACACACCUCUCUCAUAUGAGGUGGGGCGUUUAUGAGACUUGUCUUCUACAUGUGCACCAGCACAACUCCUCCUGGGCAGGUGCAACUGAUCCCACCUACCAAAGUGGUCCUGAGCUCUCAACGAAAAGACUUUCCUGCCUGUCUACCUCGAGCUCCUGUUUCUUCAGCUCAUCCCUCUGGCUGGACAGAAUCCUCUCCAUUCCUAAGGAGUCUCUCUGCUGCACAGGAGGGGUGGCGGCGAGAUCUGGUGGCUGUACUUCCCCAGCCCUGACAUCUAGAGUAAAAAGGGGGAGGACUUGCAUUCUUCACCUCCACGUGCCCCCCAUCUGCUCCAUCUCCAUCCUCUUUCCCUUGUCUGGGAUUCCCACCCCAUGCCCAGUCCUGAUGAAACCAAGGGACCCGUGACAAGGGCUUUUAUUUGCAUUUGCUUUAAUGUAACUAGAACCAAGCAUGAUUGUAGACCCUGAAAAACACUUCCUCAAAAUUUAAACAUGUACAGUAUACCCUACCUUUUUAUCGCUUUGCUCAUUUUACUGUGUUUUGCUGCUCUGUACACUGACAUUUUGUGCCAUUAACUGCCUUAGGAAGGAGGAAUCGGGGAUGAGCAGGCUAGGAUACCACAUUAGAUCAGGUUGUCAGUGGGUUGUUGCAAUCUCAGAGCUGACUGUUGGCAACCGCUGCUGUUUCCUCAACAGGAAGAACAUAGUUCCUCACGAGUACCGGAAGCACUUCCCUAUCCAGAUGAAGGACCACAACUCCCACGACGUGCUUCUCCUCUGCACCUCCUGCCAUGCCAUCUCCAAUUACUAUGACAACCAUCUCAAGCAGCAGCUGGCUGAGGAGUUUGGCGCCCCCAUUGGUUGCGAGGAGGGCGUCCGCCUCCUGGAAGACCCCAUCCGCAGGCAGGUCCGCUCAGGCGCCAGGGCUCUCUUGAAUGCAGACAGUCUUCCCCAUGCCAGGAAGGAGGAGUUGCUACAGGUGAUCAAGGACUACUUUGACUCUGUGACAGUUUCCCCGGAGAUGCUGCAGGAAGCAGCCGGACUGGAAACCAGGUACAGUCGGAAACUUCGCUCUGUGUCUAGGUUGCAGGGGUGAUGGAGAGAGGCUAGACCUGAUCCUCACCCCCAGCACUUCUCAUUUCUGCCUGUUUCUUUGCAACACCCUCUCGAGACUUUUGUUUGUUUGUCCCCUGCCUGCUUGUGUUACGGAUAAUUUUAUAAAGUGCAUACAGGAGGCCAAAGCAUAACAGGCCUGUGUGUGGUUUGGAAUUCCAUGGGGUCCUGUCUUUGUAUCUGAAUCCACAUUUUCUUUCUGCCCUUUCAGGAUUUGUAACGAGAACUACAUGCCACAUGGCCUAAAGGUGGUCCAGUGUUUUUCCCGCGGGGGCCUUCGCUCUCUCAUGCAGCUGGAGAGACGCUGGCGACAACACUUCUUGGACGUUAUGCAGCCCAGGUAUCUCCCGACGCAGUGGUCUGUCAGUCACAAUCAUGAGAAGCUGAUCCAAAAAUAUGGGGAGCAUCUCCAGGUUGAACUUUCUUGA